AUGGAUCUGCUCUUCGGCAAAAUCUAUGCAAGACUUCGUAUAUCAGGUAUCCGACAACAAGAGUUGCGUGCCCUGUUUGUUCGGAGUUGUUUACCGGUAUGGCUUGGCGGGAAGCGGAUCCCCGAGCUGGCGAAGCUCAACCACUUUUUUGAGUCCCGCGCGGUCGACGACGACACUCCCUCCCACCCAAUUCACCCUCUACCUCACCUCGGUAUCACCAUGCUGUCCCGGACAAUCAGGAGAAGCAUUGCGUCGCCCUUUCGCCGCAAUGUCGUCGCCCCUGCUGCGCGGCCUGCCUUCAGGUUCGUGACCACAGACGCCGCUUCAUCGCAUACCGACCCGGAAAAGGUGCCAGAGGAGGAUGACAAGCCCUUCGAGGUCCGCCUUUCCGAUGAGUCGUUUGAGACAUACGAACUCGACCCCCCCGCCUACACGCUCAACACGACCAAGAAGGAGUUGAAGAAGAUGUAUUACGACAUGGUAGCCAUGCGACGCAUGGAAAUGGCCGCCGACAGACUCUACAAGGAGAAGAAGAUUCGCGGUUUUUGCCAUCUUUCCACUGGUCAAGAGGCCGUCGCUGUCGGUAUUGAGCAUGCGAUUGAACGAUCCGACCACGUCAUCACCGCCUACCGCUGCCACGGCUUCGCUCUGAUGCGCGGCGCAUCUGUCAAGUCCAUCAUCGGAGAAUUGCUCGGAAGACGGGAGGGUAUCGCAUACGGCAAGGGUGGAUCCAUGCACAUGUUCGCUCCCGGUUUCUACGGCGGAAACGGCAUUGUCGGUGCUCAGGUCCCUGUCGGUGCUGGCAUCGCUUUUGCGUGCCAGUACGAGAACAAGAAGAAUGUUACGCUUGCGCUCUACGGAGACGGUGCUUCCAACCAGGGACAGGUCUUUGAGGCAUACAACAUGGCCAAGCUGUGGAACCUGCCCAUCAUCUUUGGCUGCGAGAACAACAAGUACGGUAUGGGUACCGCUGCUAACCGUUCCUCCGCCAUCACCGAAUACUACAAGCGUGGACAAUACAUUCCCGGUCUGAAGAUCAACGGCAUGGAUGUCUUAGCUGUUAAGGCUGCUGUCCAGUACGGAAAGGAAUACACCGCCGCCGGCAAGGGCCCUCUUGUCUACGAAUACGUCACCUACCGCUACGGAGGCCACUCCAUGUCUGACCCCGGAACCACAUACCGCACGCGCGAAGAAAUCCAACGCAUGCGCAGCACCCAAGACCCCAUCGCCGGCCUCAAGCAAAAACUCCUCGACUGGGGCGUCACCAGCGAAGAAGAGCUCAAGGCCAUUGACAAGCAAGCCCGCUCCGAAGUCGACGCUGAAGUCGCCAUUGCCGAGAAGAUGCCUGCUCCUGACCCCACGCCCAAGGUCCUGUUCGAGGACAUUUAUGUGAAGGGCUCCGAGCCCCAAUUUACCCGUGGACGCAUCCCAGAGGAAAAUUUCUACUUCACCGAGCAAGAUAUGGGCGAGCCGAAGAGCGCAGUGGCUAGGACGGCGUAG